GUGGGAUACAGAGUGGGAUCUGCAGCAGAACAAGAUCAGAUAGCAGAUAUACCAAGAAAGUGUGAGACUGUCGACUGCCCGUGACUCUAAAAUAAGCUGUGAGGAAUUGAUUUUUUGAUUGGACUGGACCCUACGGGCCAUGUGAGCCCUACAGACAUUUAAUUGGAAUGUGAUCAAGUCGCUGUGCUAUUUUGAAGUUAAAAAUUAAGACCUCAGUGCUCCUUUAAAACCCAUUUUCUAAUUUCUUUGUUUGCGAUCGACCGGACAUCAGCCGAGCAGUAACUUUGGAGGACUUGAUAGUGGGAAUGAUUGUAAUGCUCUCCUCACUGAGUGGAGAAAGAGAUGCUUUAAAACUAGGAGACAUAGACAUGAUGGUAGUCAAUGGUCGUUUACUUUUUUGUCUCAGGAGGAUAGAGUGGUUCUACCCAUAACAGAACAGAAGAGUUGAAGGAAGCCUGAAGAGAAACAUGCAGCAGUUUGGCUAAAAGACUUGGGGAUCUGGAAGAAAAGGAAAGUUGAAUAUCAACAUUUAUUGGGAACUCUUGGACAAGCUCGGAUUAUUUUCCAGUUCGGCAUCACAAGGGAAUCACACAGCCUCAUCACAGUACUCCAGUAACUCUAAUAGCUGUGCCAGCUGGAGGAAACAGAAGAUACGUCACAUAAAAUGGCAGGGCAUUGGAUUAGCUGGCUAUUUCUGUACCUUGUUGAUCAGGGAAACAAGCAUUGUAUAUACCAGAGCAUUUCCAACACAGCAGGGGAAAAGAGAGGAAAGACAGACAGAUGUAGUAGGGUGACUAGUGUCCUUUAAAGUAAGGUUAAAUAUAUUACCCAAAAAUCAAGCUUUCAACAUAGAAGGUAGUUUGAAACUUUAUCGUUUCCAUGAUUGUCCUAAAAUGUGCAUGAUAAACUAAUCAACAUCCAAACAGCUUCAAAACACAGAUUAUUGUGAAUUACAUUCACCACUGACAUAUUUAAAGGAAAAAUAAUCAGAAGAGUUGUUAUUACAUCAACAGGAGAAAAUGAUUAAGUGGAAAAACAACAUACUGUCAGAACUGACAGUGAGUAAGUCCAGAGAAGUCUGAAUUUAGUUAAGGUAAUCAUAAGUUACAGAAAUCUGUCCCAAAGUAGCAGUAGAAUAUUAAUUGUAAGUGUUUAUUGUCUAUGAAAACUGCAAAAAAAAAGUUAACAAAAAAGUAUCUCACACUGAAGCUAGUUAAGGGGAAAUUUAAGUGCAAGCUUGCUCUUUUUAUUGUUUUUUUUCCAGUGUACACAAUGUCUCUGCAGAGGACAGAAGUAGCAACAUGUUGACAAAUAAAUGUAUGCUGUGUGACAGGCUUAAUUACAGUGUGGACAGAUAAUAGAUAAUGUUGUAAUACUGUACCUGUCCUUCCUUUACAGGAAAUUACUUUUGUGCCACACCUUUCAAUUCCAGCUGACACUGAAUUGGUUUUGGACGGAGCUGGGCACUUCCUGUGGGGCUGGUCAGUUUUGUAUGAGUUGGGCUGAUAGAGUGAAGCCACGUUGCUGGCCCACUGAGGCAUGAGUGUGGGAAGGGCCCACCACCACAGCUUCGUGUCCUGUGAAGAAGAAGGCCUGAGACUUGGUACCAUGCCUGCUGUGGGUAGCUUCGGCAAUGGCAAAAUUCAUACAAGACGCAAAUACCACAGCCGGUUUGUCAGCAAGGCUGGCCAGUGCAACAUCCAUUUCUCAAACAUGGACGAAAAGUCACAGCGGUACAUAUCUGACAUUUUCACAACUUGUGUGGACAUCCGCUGGCGAUACAUGUUCCUGCUAUUCAGCCUGGUGUUUGUGGUCUCUUGGCUAACAUUUGGCCUUGGAUUCUAUGUCAUUGGCCUCCUACAUGGUGACAUGGACCAUCCUGCAGGGGAUGACAGUUUUGUUCCCUGUGUCACGCAGGUCAAUACCUUUGUGGCAGCUUUCCUGUUCUCUAUUGAGACCCAGACAACGAUUGGGUACGGAGCCCGUUGUGUGACAGAGGAAUGCCCGGCUGCUGUCUUCAUGGUGGUCUUUCAGUCUAUCAUGGGUUGCAUCAUCGAUGCCUUCAUGAUUGGUGCCAUCAUGGCCAAGAUGGCACGGCCCAAAAAGCGGGCAGAGACUCUUCUGUUCAGCCAUAAUGCAGUCAUCGCUUUGCGUGAUGGGAAGCUGUGCCUCAUGUUCAGGGUUGCCAAUCUGAGGAAGAGCCACAUUGUGGAAGCUCAUGUACGAGCCCAGCUUGUCAAACCCCGUUACACAGAGGAAGGUGAAUAUAUCCCCCUGGAUCAGAUUGACAUGAAUGUAGGCUAUGACAAAGGCACAGACCGCCUAUUCCUGGUUGCACCUCUCACUGUCAUACAUGAAAUCGAUGAAGAAAGUCCACUAUUUGGCAUCAGUAAGCAAGAUCUCGAAACAUCUGACUUUGAGAUAGUAAUCAUACUGGAAGGAUUGGUCGAGGCCACGGCUAUGACAACGCAAGCACGCAGCUCUUACCUGCCCUCAGAGAUCCUGUGGGGUCACCGUUUUGAACCUGUCAUCUUUGAGGAGAAGAACCAAUAUAGGAUAGAUUAUGCCUACUUUCACAAAACAUUCGAAGUACCUUCCACCCCUAGAUGCAGUGCCAAGGACAUGGAGGAGAGAAAAUUCCCAGCAUCUGGUGCCAACUCUUUCUGCUAUGAGAAUGAGCUGGCCUUCAUCAGCAGGGAUGAAGAUGAGGAAGAGGGAGAUGAGGAGAAAGACAGAAAGUGUCCAUCAGAGCUAGCAAAUGAGAAGGCCACUCCUGGACGUGAUCAAAUGUCCUCCCAUAGAGAAUCAAUGAUGUAACUUUUGGAUGUUGCUUGUUUUGUUUGUUUUUGGAUGCAGAACAAUGCAAGCAGCACAGAAAGAUCCCCAUGACUGUCCAUUACUGACAUGAGGAUACCAGUAAAGACAAUUCUGCUACAGGUGGAGAAACAUUUCUGAUCUGUAUCAUACAAGCAAGGAGAAAACUCAUCAGAUUUCUCACUGGAUUAGCUUUUUUGCUUCUCUGAGGUUAUUGAGCUUUAUCAAAUGCAAACAAAACUGUUAUGUUUCCAUUUGCAGAUGAUCCUAGUAAUAAAGUGCAUGAAAAUAGCAUCGUUUUGUAUGAAUAUUUUGAGAAAUGUUAUGGUGAGACUGUCUGUAGGUGCUGUUCACAGUCCUCAAACAUAUGAUCUGUGUGUGUGGAGUAAAUUUUCAAAAAAGUUACCUUAAAUAUUUCUCCAGACCUAUUUGGUAAAAAAAAAAAAAACAGAAGUGCGGAUCAACAGUAGAUUUUUACCUUAAUGAUAUAACUUAUAUCAACAGUAAGACUCUAAAUAUUCUACAUUAUACAAUGUCAGUGGAGUUGCCAUACGUACAACUGAUAUAUGUACAUAGUAUGGACUGCAUGUAUUUAAGGGAGACACAUGACAAGCCAGAGUUAUGAACAUUUUCAUCAUAAAAAAGGAAAAUAAAUAUGAUGGUGUGUCAUAUGUAAUUUAUUCAUAGCCUUCUAUCAGGGAGAACAAUUAAUCUGUGUCUUAACAUUUUAGCCACUAGGAAACAUUUGAACUGAGUUGAUGUUAAGUAUUUAGCUUGCUUUCUUUACAGUUUACCAAAUACAGUAUGUGUACUUCCAUUCACCUGCUUUUGCACAUUUUGAAAUUUGUGCAUAUAAACAGACGGUUAAAAAUGCCAAAAUUUCUAAGUUUUUACACUUAAUGUGCUAUGGUGUAUAGAUAAAAUCAAAAUGUAACAAACUGAGUAAAUCAUGAGGUAAUACAUGAAGCAAGAUAUCUACAUCACGACAGAUGAUGCAUGGAGGACUAUGGGGACUCAAAUCAAUAAUGAAACAAACACACAAUAUAUUUCUAUCUGUUUUCCACCAUUUGAGGUUUGACUGAUGCUCUUUCAAUUACAUUGUGCUGUUGUUCUCUUUUCCUCUGGAAGGGUUUAAUGGUAUCUGGCUGGAGAAUUAGUGCCACCAACUGUGUAUCUGAAGGCGCUUGAAUUCUGAUAUUAGCAUAGCGAUAAGCAGUUUAUGAAAACUCAGAUUACUGCAUUUUCUUUUGAUCAAAACCUGGAAUACUUGGAAAUACAGAAACAAUAUUACUUUAGCAUUACUCUUGAUAAUCUCUCUUAGAGAUAAAUUAUUUUAGCUUGUUUUUCCUUGCUUACACAUUACAAGUAAGGCAGAGAGUAGAACUUAUUUUCACAUAUAUUUCACUUUUAAUAUUGCAACAGAAAAGGACAAGAAUCAGGACUAACAUUGUCAUUGGCAUUAUUCGUAGCAUUACUGGGGUGUAAAUUACCCCAAACCCAAUAAACCCUGCACUCUGACAUGAUAUCUUUGGUAUCUCUAUAUAUGUCAAUAAGAUGGUAACAUUCAGGACCAGUUUCCACAACCAUUAAGUAACCUGUGAACCACACACAAGGUAGUUCGAAACACUGGAUUAGAUAUUAUGAAACAAGUGUGACGGAUAUAACCUUUGCAGCUUACUUUAGAGCACACAAACAAACUUGUAUUUUGAGAAAAUCCCACCACCCUCCAAAGUCUUUAAAUGUAGAACAUUUGAUGAAAUCCAAAGCUUGACAUGCCCACCUAGCUAUGGGUGCUACUAUUAUUGCACUUUAUUAUUGCAGUUGUUGGUUGGUCAUGGGAUUUAGGAAUUGGUCCAUUUAACCAUUUUUAAAGGGAAAUAAAAAUGCAGCUGUACAUUUUUGCUUUACUUUACAGAUGACACGUUCUGCUCCAGGUUAAAAAGUCAUGUUCAUGACCUGUGUGAACCAAAGACAAAUAAUAAACACCUCAAAGUUCUGCCCUCUCUGUAACCUCAGGAUAUUAACCCCCCUCCCAGAAAAUUAAACAAUAAACAAAAGACUGACAGAGUGGAGUAAUUCUGCAACACAUCUGUACAGCACUGAGAAUAUUCUUCACAUGGAUUUUGAUAAAACCAGCAUAUUAAUGAUUUUUGGAUGCUAUAGGUGCACAUGGGACACAACCAGAAAAAGUAAGAAAUGAGUUUGAAGGUGACAAAAAUAAUGUCUACCUGGAAAUGAGAGUAGACAAAUCAAUCUGUAUACAUUCAUGUAUACAACUGUAUAUUAUAAAAGCAUAUGAAUAUGAAAAACAGCAGCCCAGCAGGCAAUGAAGAAACAUUUGCUUAAACACAAUCAUGUGUUUCAUACAGACACACUGCUUUGAGGGAAGACAGUGAGUGUCCUGGUUUCACUCUGGCCUGCUGUGAUGGAUCACACACAUGACUGCAAAUAACAAAUCAAUUAAAAUUACCAGUGUCCAAAGUGCCCUUUGAUAGAAGCACUUUAUAUUAUAACUUGAUUCAACUAUUGAAUCCACUGAUGUCAUACCACAGUUUAUGUUGUUUUUCUAUGUUUUUGACCAGUAGCAUCGUUCUCUUUCUUUCAUUAUUAACAGGACAAGUAAUUAAGAUAUUAGGUCAGACCAUGUACCACAGUUUUGCUCAUCCCAGGUGAGAUGAAUUAGUUUUCUUUCCACAUUUCUCAAACUCCAAGCUCUAUGUGGGAUAACUUAUACACCUGACUGCCUUUUCAGCAAAUUUCAACACAUUUGUAUUUAUAUCUUGCUGACUUGUGCUGAAUAUACCACAAUAGGGUUGCUCUAGAAAACAAAUUGUGGCCCUACUGCCAUUUGCACCAAGAACAGGGCCAUGGUCUUCCUGCAUCUAGUUAGAGGGAAGAACCCUAAUUUGUACAUUUGUCAGAUCGUUGUAAAUAGAUGUAUUUUUUGAGGUUUUUUUUUUUUAUCUUUCUGGCUCAAUAGACACUAAGCACAUUAUUCUAAACAAUCAGUGUUAAUGUAUAUUAUCAAUGUUAAAAUUUCUUGAGUCAAGCAAGAAACUGGAAAAACUUUCUUUGUUUGACUGAAAUGAUGUCUACUGACCCCUUUUUGUCUUCCACUAAAUGCAUUUGAAGCAAUCAUCACUUGUUUCAGUUUGCUGUGAGAGACAACAAUUUAUAAAUUAACAGACAAAUAAAAAAAUCUUCUGUUGAUUACCACAAUAAAAUAUAUGCCACAAUGCCAA